CCUUCUGGCUAUGUCUCAGAGCAGGCAUCGUGCCAUGGCUCCGCCGCUGAAGUGUGAGGACAGUGGGACCUUCAGUUUGGGGAAGAUGAUCACAGCUAAGCCAGGGAAAACACCAAUUCAGAUAUUACAUGUAUACGGCAUGAAGACCAAGAAUAUCCCAGUUUAUGAAUGUGAAAGAUCCAAUGUGCAAAUACACUUGCCCACUUUCACCUUCAGAGUAACUGUUGGUGACAUAACCUGCACAGGUGAAGGUACAAGUAAGAAGCUGGCGAAACAUAGAGCUUCUGAGGCUGCCAUAAACAUUUUGAAAGCCAGUGCAAGUAUUUUCUUUGCAGUUCCUGAUCCCUUAAUGCCUGACCCUUCCAAGCAACUGAAGAACCAGCUUAAUCCUAUUGGUUCAUUACAGGAAUUGGCUAUUCAUCAUGGCUGGAGACUUCCUGAAUAUACCCUUUCCCAGGAGAGAGGACCUGCUCAUAAGAGAGAAUAUACCACAAUUUGCAGGCUAGAGUCAUUCAUGGAAACUGGAAAGGGGGCAUCAAAGAAACAAGCCAAGAGAAAUGCUGCUGAGAAAUUUCUUGCCAAAUUCAGUAAUAUCUCUCCAGAGAACCACAUUUCUUUGACAAAUGUGGUAGGACAUUCUUUAGGUUGUACUUGGCAUUCCUUGAGGAAUUAUCCUUGUGAAAAGAUCAACUUACUGAAAAGAAGCCUCCUCAGUAUUCCAAAUACAGAUUACAUCCAGCUGCUUAGUGAAAUUGCAAAGGAGCAAGGUUUUAAUAUAACACAUUUGGAUAUAGAAGAACUGAGUGCCAACGGACAGUAUCAAUGUCUCGCUGAAUUGUCCAGCAGUCCCAUCACAGUCUGUCAUGGCUCAGGGAUCUCCUGUGGCAGAGUGGCGCAGAGUGAUGCAGCUCACAAUGCUCUGCAGUAUUUAAAGAUAAUAGCAGAAAGAAAGUAA